AUGGCUUCGACCUCCGCUUCGUCAUCCCACCAUGCUCUGCCGGGGGCAGCCGCUGACCCACUUAAGGGGUACGACGAUCCCUUGGACGCCAACUUGGUCCUCGCUGCAUAUGGCCGCAACAUCGAAACCCGCUUGAGGCAGGCCGAAAAUCCCCGUCUUCAGAAUCGGACAACAAUUGCGCGGCUCGCAGUAACACUGGGAUUCCCAAUGACAGUGGAAUGGCAUAGAAAAUUCGGUGUUCAAAAUAGGCGCGAUAUUGGAAUCGGCUUCAGCGAGAGAGUGGGUAGUAUACGUACCCCGCUCGCUAUUUCAGCGAUGGAGGAAGUGGCCGGCAACGUGAGCGGAGACUAUUCCACCCGCAUGGCGCGCAUCAAAUCGGAUGACGGGCCGAGAGUCUUCACGAAUGCCUGGUACUCCGCAAGUCCCCCGCCCGGUGGCCACCCGCUGCCCAGCUUUACUGGCAUGGUGACUUCCGCUGCCCCGGGAACCCACACGUCCCGACCGCGCCCGAAAGACAUCGCCGGCUGGUGCAUCUCGGCCUAUGACGUCCCACACAGCGCAUGCAGUCCGGUUCCAGCUCCCACACGCCAGCACUGA